GCCUCCUGGAGCGCGCAAGCGCCCUGGGAAGCUUCAAGAGGUUGGACGCAACAUCACAAGCCUCAACUCGGCUCGAGAUGCAAUACAGAAGGAGCGCUCACAUGGGAGGGCCCACGACCGAGGUCAGCCGCAUCCGAGUCAGUCUGAAACUCCCGUGUCAAGGGCAUCAUCAGUGUCCAGGCCGGAGCCAGUACAGACGCGAACAAAUGGUGAGAGUGACUUGUUAGAACUUGCCAAGGGAGGUGAAGCCCUCAUGCGGCGCCUCGCAGAUGUCAAUUCUGUGAACGGGGAGCUGCGGAGAAAGCUGGAAAAGCAGUCUCAUGAGAUUUCAUUGUUGGAGGAGUCGGGUCGUGCACAACAGCAACUCUUCCGAGACUUGGAGUAUCGUGUCGAACAAACUAGGCAGGCAGAGGCGGCCAAAGUCCGCCAGAGCUGUGCUGAGCGUGAGGCACAACUACAAAAAGAACUAGAAGAGUGUCGAGAGCAGGCACAAAAGGAUCGUGAAGAACUCAUGGAGCGUUUGCAUCAAUGUGACAGUGAGCGUGCGCAACGUGAAGGGGAGCGGGACGAGGCCCGAGUCCAAGUGACCAACCUUGAAGCGCGUAUCAACGCUCUGGCUCACGAGAUGCCAAAUAUGCCCAGCAUGCCCAGUAUGCCGAGUGUUGCCUUCAAGGCGCCUCAGGCAAUGGGCGAUGCUGGUGAAGGCUCACGUGUGGCCGCGCUGGAGAUGGAGCUGAAUUUAGUUCGCUCCCGUUUUGCAAGGGAAACAGUGAUGCGUCAAGCGGCUGAGAAGACUGCACAAGAAGUGCAGCUCAAACAGCGUCAGCUGCACUCCCAACUGGAGCAGAGCAGAGCGGAACUCGCACGUCUGCAUCGGGAUUUGGCACAGCGCUCCGAGCAGGUCUCCUUUGGCCAGGAGUGCUGCCAAGACUUGCAGAUGCGUUUGAGGCAUGAGCAGAACCAGUCAGAGCAGCGCUUGCAGCGAGAGCGUGGUCGCUUUGCUGUGGUGAGCCGAUUGGAGGAAGGUUUUGCCUGGCUCUUGAGGAGAGACUGGUGGCCUGUGACCACAAGGAAUUGGGUCGACAAAAA